AUGGCAGCCAACACUUCCUUCUGGCACAGCUACCUCGGGGUGAUCGAGCGGCUGGAGCAUUUCCAGCGGGCCGAGGACAUCCUGCUGACCCUGCUGGAGGAUGUCCAUUCCAGGGAGCCACGUUUCCUCGUGGACUACGCCAGGAACCUGGAAGCCUUUGAGUUCGCUCUCUGUGCCUCUGAGGAUGCUGUCACUGUGGAGCUGCCCCUGCGGAUCGACAGUGAUACUCUGAAGGUGCUGCCGUGCCAGUCCAGGGACAUCCCAGCUGGGCACCCUCCAGGGCUCAGUGCCUGCUAUCUGGAAGUGUCCUCUCCAGGGACUGAUUUGGAAGACUGGACCAGUGUCAUGGGUGGGGUGGAGCAUGGAAGUGGUGUGUGGUGUCUGGCUCCGGGCAAAGUCCUCCAGCACCUGAAAGAGCUCCUUGUUUCAGCCAUUGUGCACUGCCGACGCUGCUUCCUACUUCAGCCAGGUGACAUCAGUGCUGAAAAUCUGCAGGAAGAUGCUAUGGAGCUCUCCCUGCUGAUCCGCGGCGGCUGGAAGACCAUUCGCUUUGACAUUGUCCCUGUGGUGAGGAUUCAGCAAGAGCCGCUCCAGCUCCAGGGCCGGCAGAGCGACAGGGGCUUCCCUGAAGGCAGCCUCAGGAAGGCCACGGGAGAGGCUCACUUUGUCCCUGCCUCUUCCCACUGCUGGAGAUCCUCCACUCACCUCCCCAUCCUGAAGCUGCUCUGGGCAGUGGACACGAUGAAGGGACCCCGUCUGGACAGCCUUCGCCUGCUCGACCAGCUCCGCGCCCAGGACUGGGCAGAGGAGGGUGGGAAAGGUGGUCUCACCUUCAACUGCCUGAAGAUGGUGCUGCUGUGGAGCACAGAGCUCUUCCCCUCCCCGGAGGACUGGCAGGACCUGGAGGGCUCCAUCUACAGGCUCCUGGUGAUCCUUCUCUACUGCCUGGUCACCCAGCACCUGCCCCACUUCUUGAACCCAGAGGAGAAUCUCUUCCAAGGAGCUGCCCCGGACUUUGCCUCUCUUUACCAUAAAGUAGAGAGCUUUGCCCAGGACCCCCAGCAUUUCCUCCACUUCCAUUUUGGCCUUCCUGUGCAUACUGACAGCUGGCAGGACGACCCCACUACCCGAGCCAUCCUGCAGCUCCCUGCCGGGGACAGGUCCUACUGGGACACAGCCUACUUUGACAUCCUGCUCAGCCAGUUUCAGGUGUAUGGGAUCGAGGAUGGUGCGCGCCGUUCGGCAAUGGCCCAGCUCCUCUCCAAGAUCCAGCAGAAAAUCCCUCAAAAGAGUUGA